GAUAUCGACUACGAGGGCUUCCACAGGUUCCUGGACACGUUCCUGGAGGUGCGCACGCCAGAGGAACUGUGCCGCCAUCUUUUCCUGUCGUUCGUCAAACGGAGUCCGACAGUCGAAGGUAAAGCCUUCAAGGAGAUGAUGAUGCCUUGCGCUCCCCUACUAACGGCGCAUACCAAAGGUUCUACACCGAACGUGAAUUCAAUCGGAGACUGUCAGUUCAGGCACGCUGAAGAAAAACCAGCUUCGUACGGAGAAAUGAUCGUCGAAAAAAUACAAGGUAUUGGAGAAAAACUACUUGGACACCACAGAUCAGAUAGCGAUUGUUCUACCAGAGGAAAAACUGGAACUGUCCAUCCGAUGCUCACAGUUACCCACACGUCUUAUUCUUGUCACGACGUUUUGGGCAAAAAAAGUACGGAUUCGUCGCCUUCACACAGUCAGAUAUCCCGGAAUUCCUCGAAGAAAUCCAAUAACUCUCUUCUAGUUAAUAACGGGAAACUCGAAGAAAUGAGGCACAUUGUACGAAAAGCCAGUGUACUUGAUGUGAACCAAGUCAAAGUGUCACUAAAAGAUAUUGUGUGUUAUCUUUCGCUGUUGGAAGCUGGGAGACCUGAAGAUAAAUUGGAAUUUAUGUUUCGUCUCUAUGACACCAACGGAGAUGGCGUAUUGGACAAGAAUGAAAUGGACUGCAUAGUCAAUCAAAUGAUGACAGUAGCAGAAUAUUUGGGAUGGGAUAUUUCCGAACUCAAACCGAUAUUGCAGGACAUGAUGGUGGAAAUCGACUACGACGCCGACGGCACAGUGUCUUUGGAGGAGUGGAAGAGGGGCGGCCUCACCACCAUCCCCUUGUUGGUGCUCCUGGGGUUGGAUUCCAAUGUGAAAGAGGACGGCAACCACCUGUGGCGCUUGAAGCACUUCAGCAGGCCGGCCUAUUGUAACUUGUGCCUGAACAUGUUGGUGGGAUUGGGCAAGAAGGGGUUGAGUUGUGUUUUUUGUAAAUACACGGUGCACGAACGAUGCGUCGGCAGGGCGCCGGCCAGCUGCAUAGCGACGUACGUGAAGAGCAAAAAGUCCUGUCAAACGUUGCAGCACCAUUGGGUCGAGGGCAACUGUCACGGCAAGUGCGCUCGGUGCAGGAAACCCGUCAAAGCUGGCAUCACCGGCCUGCAUUGCAGAUGGUGUCAGAUAACGUUGCAUAACAAAUGCGUUUCUCAAGUGAAAGCCGAAUGCGGACUAGGAGAACAUGCCGUCCAUAUUCUACCACCUGUCUCCAUUUGUCCGAUAGUCUUAGACAGGCAGAGGUCUGUGCAGAAGAGGGGUUCCAAAUACGGGCAUGAUAACGGCUCCAUAUCGUCGUCGUCGGCGGCUUGCCAACAGCCGGCGAUGUCCUUCCAGAUCACCGUGUCGCCCAAUUGCGUGCCCCUCUUGGUCUUCAUCAAUCCGAAAUCGGGCGGCCGACAAGGGCCCCGCAUCCUGCGCAAGUUUCAGUACAUCCUUAACCCGCGGCAGGUGCACGUGUUGGGCACGGGCAGCGGGCCUUCACACGGGCUGAACAUGUUCAAGGACGUGGGCGAGUUCAAGGUCGUGUGCUGCGGGGGGGACGGGACCGUCGGAUGGGUGCUCGAGACCAUGGACAAAACGGAACUGGACUGCCAACCGGCCAUAGCAGUCAUCCCUCUGGGCACGGGCAACGAUCUGGCACGCUGCCUUCGUUGGGGUGGGGGCUACGAGGGCGAGUCCGUGCACAAGCUGCUGCACAAGAUCGCGCGUGCGCAGCCCGUCAUGGUCGACCGGUGGCUGAUCGAGCUGUCGGACACGGCGGUGCAGGCGGAGCCGGAGCAGAAAUCGGCCGACACGAGGAUACCGUACAACAUCAUCAACAAUUAUUUUUCCAUCGGGGUGGAUGCAGCCAUAUGUGUGAAAUUCCAUCUGGAAAGAGAAAGGAAUCCAGAAAAAUUCAACAGCAGAAUGAAGAACAAGCUGUGGUACUUCGAAUAUGCCACAUCUGAACAAUUUUCGGCAUCCUGCAAGAAUCUCCAUGAACAUAUUGAAAUAACUUGCGACGACGUAGGAUUGGACCUGGCCAACGGCGCACCCCUACAAGGCGUCGCCCUCCUCAACAUCCCCUACACGCACGGGGGCUCGAACCUUUGGGGGGAGCACCUCUCGAAUCCCAAGCGGAAGGGCAAACACAAAAAGAGCAUGAGCACGAGCAGUUUCAAUUCGGUGGAUCUCAGCGUUGCAGUUCAAGAUAUCGGUGAUGGAUUGAUAGAAGUGAUCGGUUUAGAAAAUUGUCUCCAUAUGGGCCAGGUCCGUACUGGCCUGAGGGCGAGCGGUAGACGGCUGGCGCAAUGUUCCUCAGUUUUGAUAAAAACCAAAAAGACUUUUCCGAUGCAAAUCGACGGGGAACCAUGGAUGCAACCCCCAACCACAAUACGUAUCACCCACAAGAACCAAGUGCCAAUGUUGAUGGCACCCCCUCCUGAAAAGGGCAAAGGUUUCUUCAGAUUCUUCCGUAGGUAGAGAUUCUUCCUUGUUACCUGAAGUGAUAUUAUUUAUCCAGUAUAUUCCUUGUAUUUCUAGUCUUUAUCAAUUCCUUUUUCAAAAAUGACAAUAAUAUUAUUUAAUCGGUUAACUAAUAUUUUGAUUGUGUGUCGAAUGAUCCCAGGAUGAACAAGGUGAACAAAAAAUUAUUACAAAAUGAAUAUUUCAAUAGAACAGUGAAAAUUUAGGUAUUUCGUGUUCGAUUUUUUUUCGGAAUACUUACUGAGGUAUUCUAAUACGUCAAUAUUUGAAUUAUUAUUAUCAUCUUUCUUCCAUUAGUAUCUCGAAUAAAUAUUAUU